AUGGCUAUGACAACAUCAAAAGACAAAACUAUGAGAGUAUGGAACCUAGUCACCGGCAGACAGUCUUACAUUGUUAACUGCAAAGAAGAUGUACCCAUCGUACAGUGGUCGCCCUCUGGUCAUCUUUACGCUUUAGUUGUAAAAAAUAAGGCUUUUUUUUAUGAAUUAAAGACUGCUUCAUUUGUACAUAAAGUGGAUUUUCAGAGCCGAAUCACUUCACUACAAUUCAUCUCGGAGAAUAUUGUAGCAAUAACUGGCGACAAUUCAAUUCUGAAAUUAUAUGAAAUAAGCAGUGAAAGUUGUUCAUCGGAAUCAGCAAAAUUAUCUAGCAGGAUAAAAGCUAUGAAAGUCUGCUCAACGUCAAACCCAACGAUGCCUAAUGUCGUUGUUGCUGCCCUAUCAGAUGGAUGGAUCAAGAUAUGGAAAUAUGAAUCAAAUGCUAUAACAGAAGUUGUCAAUGAAAAUAUCGGUUUGAGAUUAACCAGCAUUUGCUGCUUACUAUCAGAUCAUUGA